CGGCCUUCGGAGUGUCCUUCGCGGUCUACGAAGGCCGCAUCCUUCGAAGGACGCGGUCUACGAAGGAUGCGUCCUAUGAAUUGGGACACUCGCCAUGCGUCCGCGCCGAUUCAUUCACUCCAUCUGUUCUGCGCCCACCAAGUAGUUCUCCGACGAAAACUUUGUUAAACCCGAAUGAACUAGCAUUUUUUCCAUUCAUUGAUCAAUUUUAUAGCCAUUUUAUAGUCAUGGUUUCGCAUAGGGAUCAGAUCUUGUUCAUCGUAUUUCUACUUCCGUACUUGGUGCAGCCGGCCGAAUAUCAUGCAGUUGGGACCAAUGUGACCCUUCAAACCGGGUAUGGAGGCAACAACCUAAACAGUGUUGACUGGAACCACGGUGAAAACAAUGCUGUGAAGUGGUUCGAGAACAAUUUUAAGGCCUACGGCAACUUUGAAGAUCGCAUAUUUCUGAACCGCACCAACGGAGAUCUGACCCUCAUCGGUGUGAACGACUCAGAGAGUGGGGAAUACACUGUAUCACUCAACGGCAAAGACAGCGUCACUAAGCACUUUAUCAAAGUCAUCUACCACGUGCCCGUCCCCACGGUGACGGUGAACUGUUCGCCCGAAGGUGAACUCAUGAGGUUCUGUCUCUACACCUGCGCCGGCGACACCAGUCAAUCAGAGCCUGUCAGCUACGAGUGGAGCCUCCCCAACGGGACCCUCCUCUCGGCCUCCAACAAGACCAUCAAUGUCACCAUGGAGUCUCUGACCGGCCCUCAUGAUCAGUUGUUAUGUACCAUGAAGAACCCUGUGAGCAAGGCCACGGCCACCGUCAUGUCCCCCCCCAGAAGCACGGCCCUGGCCACCACCACCACGGCCCACCCCACCACCACGGCCCCGCCCACCACCAGCACGGCCCCACCCACCAGCAAGGCCCCGCCCACCACCAGCACGGCCCCACCCACCAGCACGGCCCCGCCCACCACCAGCACGGCCCCACCCACCAGCACGGCCCCCCCCAGCACGGCCCCCCCCAGCACGGCCCCCCCCAGCCCGCCUGCGGAGCGCAACGGUUAUUUUGUUAGCACCGUGAUCUUGGCGGUGAUCUUGGCGGUGAUCUUGGCGGCAAUAAUUGCAGUUAUCUGCGUUCACAAGCACAUGACAGGGGUCUGGAUCUGGAAAAAAGAAAUCUGGGAGAAACGAAAGGAUGAAAGGAAUGGGUCUUCCAAAGAUGGGACCAAAGAUGGAUCUCCGAAACCUCUGCUUAACCAGACUGAGAAGAACUUGGAACUCAACGGGGCCAGGCAGCAUGAGGAAACUACUAUCUGAACAGGGGUGGAUGGUGUAUAGGGGCGAUUUGGGCGACGCACUACCAACUGCAGGCAUGCAAACUAGUCACCUUUCGGCGAAAUUCGCCGUUUUGAAGACAAAAUUGACCACUUGUGUGAUUCGUGGAGAUCCGUUGAGAAAACAUUUGGCGGGGGGGGGGGGGUCU